GUAAUUACAGAAAAUGUAAAAAAAUAAAGACAAUGCGGAUGAAAACAGAUAAACAAAAGUUGAUGACGUAUAGAUGCAACGGAUAGACCAGAUGAAGCCAACGGUAAAAUUUGCCUUUAGCCUCAAAGGCAGUUAGGCAGACGAUGCAGACCCACCCCGACCUCCCAAGCGCACGCCUCCGAUCCUCUCGCCUUAGACCUAGCCGCCGCCGCCGCCGCCGCCUCCGCCGGAAAGUGAGCCCUCCCCCCGUCGCGCACACACACCCCCUCCCGAUUCCGGUGGGCGCGCGCGGGGGAGACAACCAAGAUAACUCUACCCAGGCUGAGUUGUGGCUGGUAUUGGCGAUAUAAGCUUGUUAGCUGUUUUCUCUUGUGUCUUUGGUCUUCAUCUUUGAUUACGCGUCAUUGAAAAGACUGUACAUGAGAAAACUCUUUUGUUGAAACAUUUCUCUUGUAAUAUGAAUGUAUUGAGUUUGUGACUAUCCUUCUCCUGUGCUAGAAUCAUAUAUUUCAGCUUCAAAGCUCUUGUGGUACUUUUCAAGUUUCCUGUUGAACCGAAUACCUAGUGCAUUAACUCUAAGCUUGUGACAAACAUUCAUGCAAAUUCGUGGAUAUUAACAUUGGAUACUUGGUCUACUGGAAAAUUGGAGCUCCUUAUUCAUGUCAUCAAUGGAGAGCCUAGCACAGUUAGAGCUGUUAUGUGAAAAGCUUUACAAUUCUAGAGACUCCGCUGAGCGAGCACAUGCAGAAAGCACCCUCAAGUGCUUCUCGGAGAACAGUGACUACAUUUCACAGUGCCAAUAUAUAUUGGACAAUGCCUCAACACCAUAUGCCCUGAUGCUGGCCAGUUCAAGCUUGUUGAACCAAGUCAACGACCGCAGUCUUUCAUUGCAAUUGCGUCUUGAUAUCUUGAAUUAUGUCAUAAACUAUCUUGCUAUGAGGGGACCUAAACUGCAGACGUUUGUGAUUAAAUCCCUAAUUCAGCUUGUCUGUCGAAUUACAAAAUUUGGAUGGUUCGAUGAUGAUAAAUUCAGAGAUAUUGUCAAGGAGGCAGCUGAUUUCUUAUCUCUUGCAUCCCAGGAUCAUUAUUUCAUAGGAUUGAAGAUACUAUAUCAUCUUGUAGGAGAAAUGAACCAGGCAAACGCUAUGCCUUUGACACUUCACAGAAAAAUUGCUUGUUCGUUCAAGGACCAGUUUCUUCUACAGAUCUUCCAAAUUUCUUUAACCUCAUUACACCAACUGAAGAGUGAAGUACCUGAUGACUUUAGGCGUGAUCCCCUCUCGCUUGCAUUAAGGUGCUUGUCAUUUGACUUUGUUGGUUGUCCUGUGGAUGAAAGCUCUGAGGAAUUUGGUACAGUGCAGCUUCCUGCAUCUUGGAGGCCUCUCCUUCAAGAUCCUUCUACUGUUCAGAUCUUCUUCGAUUACUAUAAAGUCAACGAUACAUGUGUUUCAAAAGAGGCUUUGGAAUGUCUUGUGAGACUUGCUUCUGUCAGGCGCAGUAUUUUUGUUGAGGACCCUUCAAGGACCCAGUUUCUUUCUCAUCUGAUGUCAGGCACAAAGGAGAUACUCCAAACUGGCCAAGGUCUUGCUGAUCAUGGAAAUUACCACGAGUUCUGCCGUCUUCUUGGACGGUUCAAAGUGAAUUUCCAGUUGUCAGAGCUUCUGAGUAUUGAGUUUUAUGGUGAAUGGAUUGGUUUAGUAGCAGAAUUCACAACUAAAUCCUUGUUGUCAUGGCAGUGGGCCAGCAAUAGUGUCUACUAUCUUUUGAGCCUUUGGUCAAGGCUGGUGACAUCUGUUCCUUACUUGAAAAGUGACACACCAAGUAUGCUUGAUGAGACUGUUCCCAAAAUCACGGAGGGUUUUAUCACCUCUAGAAUUAAUUCUGUUCAGGCCAGCUUUGCAAACGACUCAUCCGAUGAUACUUUGGAUAAUGUGGAUGUUCUUCAGGAGCAGUUGGAGUCUCUUCCUUACCUUUGUAGAUUCCAGUACCAAAACAGUAGCAUUUACAUCAUAAAUAUUAUGGAGCCUCUUCUACAAGCUUAUACGGAAAGGUCAAGAUUACCAGCUCCUGGAGAUGCGAAUGAGCUCUCUGUCAUUGAAGGACAGCUCACAUGGCUAGUCCACAUAAUUGAAGCCAUUCUCAAGAUUAGGCAGACCAUUGGUUGUAGCCAAGAAUCACAGGAGUUAAUUGAUGCAGAACUUGCAGCCCGUGUGUUACAGUUGAUAAACGUUACUGACACGGGGGUGCACGCACAGAGAUAUCGAGUAUUAAGUAAGCAAAGACUUGGUCGUGCUAUUCUUAUCUUUGUGCAAAAUUUCAGAAGGUCAUAUGUAGGAGAUCAAGCCAUGCAUUCUUCAAAGCAGUUGUAUGCAAGAUUAUCUGAGCUUCUUGGAUUGAAUGACCAUUUAGUUUUACUCAAUGCCAUUGUUGGGAAAAUAGCUACUAAUCUAAAGUGCUAUGCUGAGUGCGAGGAUGUUAUUGAUCAUACUCUGUCCCUCUUCCUUGAACUUGCAUCUGGCUAUAUGACUGGAAAACUGCUUCUCAAGCUGGAGAGUACAAAAUUUAUAAUUGCAAAUCAUUCUAGGGAUUCUUUUCCAUUUCUUGAAGAAUACAGAUGUGCCCGCAGUAGAACAACAUUCUACUACAUCCUUGGCUGCUUGGUUUUCAUGGAAGACACCCCAGUAAAAUUCAGGAGUUUCAUGGAGCCUCUCCUACAAGUUGCAGUUAAUUUGGAGGCAACCGCUGAUGCUGCUUUCUGGACUGAUGUUGUGAAGUACGCAUUUAUUGGUUUGAUGAGAGACUUACGAGGCAUUGCUAUGGCCACAAACAGGACCUAUGGCCUCCUAUUUGACUGGCUAUAUCCAUCUCGCAUGCCACUUUUACUGAAAGCCAUCUCACUCUGUGCUGAUGAGCCGGAGGUCACCACACCCCUACUCAAGUUUAUGUGCGAGUUUGUUUUGAACAAAGCUCAGAGAUUGACAUUUGAUUCAUCAUCACCAAAUGGGAUCCUUUUAUUCCAGGAGGUUAGCAAGCUGAUUGUGGCUUAUGGAUCACGUAUUCUGUUGCUUCCAAACGGCACUGAUAUUUAUGGAAGUAAAUACAAAGGCAUAUGGAUAUCACUUGCUGUUCUUUCAAGAGCUUUAUGUGGAAACUAUGUCAAUUUUGGUGUAUUUGAGCUGUAUGGUGACAGAGCACUUGCUGAUGCCCUUGAUAUAUCUUUAAAGAUGAGCCUCUCAGUUCCAUUGUCUGACAUAUUGGCAUUCAAAAAGCUGUCAAAAGCAUUCUAUGGAUAUAUUGAAGUUCUGUUCAGCAGCCAUAUCACUUUUGUUCUCAAUUUGGAUACAAACACCUUCGUGCAUAUUGUCAGCACUCUUGAAUCUGGCUUAAAAGGUCUAGAUACAGGGAUAUCAACACAGUGUGCCUCUGCCAUUGAUAGCUUGGCGGCCUUUUAUUUCAACAAUAUCACAGCUGCUGAUGGCCCUCCUUCACCAGCUGCACUAAAUCUUGCUCGGCAUAUUGGAGAGUUCCCCACUUUAUUUCCUCAGAUACUGAAGACGCUUUUUGAGAUCAUCAUCUUUGAGGAUGCGGGUAAUCAAUGGAGUCUUAGUAGGCCAAUACUGAGUCUGAUAAUGAUCAGUGAACAGAUGUUUAGUAAUUUGAGAGCACAGAUAUUAGCAUCACAGCCUGUAGACCAGCAACAACGCCUUUCGCAAUGCUUCGAGAAGCUGAUGUCUGAUGUUGCUAGGAACUUGGAACCAAAGAACAGAGAUAAAUUCACUAAAAAUCUUACAACAUUCAGGCAUGAUUUCCGUGUGAAGAACAUUCAGGCAUGACAGCUGUUCAGGACCAGCUACCAGCUUUAAGGUGGUGCACUCAUGUGCUGUAAAUACUUUAGCUUAGCUUCGUUUUAGGAACCACCAUUCCCGUGGGGGGAAAGUUAUGGUUUAACUCAGUUUGGUUUGGAUUGGCUGAAAGAUGAAGGGUUCUCCUGCUGCACGUGGUGGCAAAAUGCAGUUGUUGAUCUCUUACCUUGUCGUGUACUAGACUGGCGAGUGCAGGAGAUUCUUCUUCUUCUUCUUCUUCUUCUUCUUCUUCUUCUUCUUCUUCUUCUUCUUCUUCUUCUUCUUCUUCUUCUUCUUCUUCUUCUUCUUCUUCUCUUUUUAUACCUUAGUGUUAAUUCCAUCUCUUUUUGCUUGUACAGCAAUAUUCAUGUGAAAGCCUGUGAUCGCUGUUUCCCUAAGUUGUUAGGGCGAAAGCAGCCAUCGCUCAAAAUAUAAUUCAUUUGUUAACAGGUUAGAAGAAUAGAAAAAAAGUUGUAAAUGGUUGUGCUUCCUGUUGCUGUCAAUGCUCAAAUUGGAAGUGAGGAGACGGUAAAUUUGCUCCUUGAGCUUCAAUACAGCAUUUUUCUUUUGGAGGUGCUGUCCAGAGUUUUGGAGCUCGACGGCGCCUUUUGCCUAUGGACCUAUGGAAGGCAGUUCUUCAGUCUUGCCCACGGUAUUUGUUGAUUAAUCUUGUUCUUUAGUCUUCUUCAGAGUUCAGAUUGUUUAGAUUGUCUGAUUUUCCACUUGCUCUUAAGAUGUAUUAUAGGUUAAUAUAGCUAGUUGGGUUUCUGUUCUGGUUUCCUUGGUUUGACACUAUUCAGGUUACUAUUCUUGAUUGGUUUCAAACUUCCCAUAUUUCCUGUAAAAUUCGGUACCUUACAACAAGUAUGAAAGUACAAACUAUUCAUAUAAA